AUGAAGAAGGAGGUCAUAGAAGGUGAAACCGAUUCCCCUGCUGAGUUGGAAUCCCAGUUUGUAUUACGUUUACCACCAGAACCAGCAAAAAUCUUGAGGGAGACACUCAGAAGCCACAGUAAUUUGAAAGACAGGUUUUCUAUAAAAAUCGAAAACGAUAUGCGUCAUGGUGAGGUCAGAGUAGAUCACUGGUUGUUGACUGGAAAGGUGGUUGAUCUACCAACUAUUGUAGAGUCCCUUAAGACUAUAGAUGGUAAAGGCUUUUACAAAACUGCAGAUAUUUGUCAGAUGCUAUAUUGUAAAGAAGAGGAUGAUCAAGCUACAACUGAUGAAGAUUCUCCUCAAAAAAAGAAGAAAGACACAAACAAAGUUGACAAGAAAUAUCUUUGGCCCCAUGGAGUUACACCACCUACAAAAAAUGUUAGGAAGAGAAGAUUUAGAAAAACUUUGAGGAAAAAGUAUGUAGAGGCUCCUGAAAUAGAAAGGAAGUAA